AAUCCGAUGAUUAAUAAUAUCGAACAUAAACAAUUAUUUACAAGGAGAAAUCGCGCGCGAGAGAUGGCGGAAGUGCUGACUCGGAGAUCGGACUCCGGUUAAUGUUUGGCUUGGCAGCAUCAUCUGACUACAGUAAAAGUCAUAUGACCAUCAAGGAAGAGAAACUCAAACUCCACAUCAGGGUCUCCAGACUCCUGUAUCUAUGUUCAUGUCUAGCAGACUGUGAAAAUGUUUUCUCUCCGUGUCUUCUGCAGUUUUGUGUUCUUGUCUCUGCAUGCUGUGAGUGGCAUGUAUGAUCCAGAUGAGGUGCUGGAUCUGCCGGGCAUGUCUUUUAAACCCAGUUACCGUCAGUGGUCUGGAUAUCUGAAGGCCAGUUCUGGAAAGUUUUUGCAUUACUGGUUUGUGACGUCUCAGAGAGACCCAGUAAAGGAUCCAGUGGUGUUGUGGCUGAACGGAGGGCCAGGCUGCAGCUCUUUGGAUGGGUUUCUGUCAGAAAAUGGCCCUUUUCAUGUCAGAGAUAAUGGAGCCACUCUUUACGAGAAUGAGUUCAGCUGGAAUAAAAUUGCCAAUGUUUUGUAUAUUGAGUCACCUGCUGGAGUGGGUUAUUCCUACUCCGAUGACCAAAAAUAUCAAACCAAUGAUAAUGAGGUAGCAGAUAACAAUUACUUGGCUUUACAAAGCUUUUUUGCCAAGUUCCCAAAUUUCACCCAUAAUGAGUUCUUCAUUUUUGGUGAGAGUUAUGGAGGCAUCUAUGCACCCACGCUCAGUCUGAGAGUGGCCACUGGAGGUCAGCUCAAAGUCAACUUUAAGGGCUUUGCUGUGGGAAAUGGCAUUAGUAGCUUUGCACUAAAUGACCAGUCACUGAUCUACUUUGGUAACUACCAUGGCCUGUUUGGAGAACAGCUCUGGAAGGAUCUAAAUGACAACUGCUGUGAAAAUGGAGUCUGCAACUUCUACAACAAUUCCAAAAAGUCCUGCGCUGAUGUGGUAUUGCAUGCCUUUAAUAUAAUCUAUAACUCUGGGCUGAAUGUGUAUGCGCUGUACCUUGACUGUGCUGGUGGAGUCCAAUCUCAGAGAGCAAUGACGCACCUUUUCAGAAACUUCAGGAAGCAUUGGGAAACCAAUCAGAUAGUAGACAGUACCCCAAGUGUUCAAGGAGUGCCUCCGUGCAUCAACAGUACCGCUCAGCUGAACUGGCUUAACCGAGGAGAUGUGAGGAAAGCGCUGCACAUUCCUGAUGUACUUCCGGCAUGGGACAUCUGCAGUGAUGUUGUGGGAAACCAGUAUCACACCAUUUACGAAACCAUGAAGGACAUUUAUGUGAAGCUGCUGGCUGUCGGUCUGAGAGCUUUGGUCUAUAAUGGAGACACAGAUAUGGCUUGUAACUUUCUUGGAGAUCAGUGGUUCGUGGAGCAGCUUGGACAGAAGGCAAGCACACAAUACCAGCCCUGGAUUUAUGAUAAGCAGAUUGCUGGGUUCUACCAGCAGUUUGGGAACAUCACUUUUCUCACAGUCAAGGGCGCAGGUCACAUGGUUCCUCAAUGGGCUCCGGGUCCAUCUCUCCAGAUGCUCCAGAGAUUCCUGUCUAACAAGCCUUACUGAACUUCCUGCAGAUCAUUUCCUGUUGCACCUGAUUUUAAGAAGUAAUGCAACAUAGAUUUGAAGUUUGUUAAGAAAAACUUUGACAUGAAUGAAUCUUUACGACACAUUACUCAGGGACUGUUGGGUGUAAAUUUGUUUACAUUAUUUUUUGGUUAAUUGUUUUUUUUUGUUUUUUUUACUGCAUUUUAUUUGGACAAUAGGGAUGGCUUUCAUAUUCAUGUUGAUCUAAGCACAUUUUGUUCUUAAAAUGUUUCAUUCAUUUUCCUUCGGCUUAGUCCCUUUAUUCAUCAGGGGUCGCGACAGAGGAAUGAACCGCCAACUUUUCCAGCAUAUAUUUUACACAGCUUAUGCCCUUCCAGCUGCAACCCAGUACUGGUAAACAUCCAUUCACUCACAUUCAUGCACAUACACUACGGACAAUUUAGUUCAUCAGUUCACCUAUAGUUCAUGUCUUUGGAAUGUGGGGGAAACUGGAGCACCCGGAGGAAUCCCAUGCCAACACGUAGAGAACAUGCAAACUCCACACAGAAAUGCCAACUGACCCUGCCGAGGCUGGAACCAGCAACUUUCUUGCUGUGAGGUGUCAGUGCUUAACGACUGAGCCAACGUGCUGCCCUAAAAUGUUUCAGACAUGCAGUUUAAAGAGUCAAAUAAUGCAAAUCAUAGAUCAUUAUGAGGCAGUUUUGAUGUGGAUCAUUCGUUCUUUAUUUCCCUCACAAAUGUCUUUAAAUCACUGGACAAUGCUUUGAGAUCUGUUAAAUUAAUAAUGCUCUUUUGUAUGUUGUGAAAUAAAGUACUGAGGAGAAAUGAA